AUGCCGCCCAAAGCUGUGCCAGAGGCACAGGGACUCUCUGCCCUAGAAAAGAGGAUCCAUGCGACAGCACUCGCUGCGCCAGAGCAUACCCUCACGGGUGAUGAGCUUGCGACACAGUUCCAUGACAUUCCGAUUGAAGAGCAGCUCUUGGCCAUCAAUAGUUUGCUCAAAAAGAGCUUGUUCCAUGCACAAAAGGGGCCAGGCGGAAUCCAGUAUGUUGCUAUCUCUACAGGAGAAGCGAGCAUGAUGGGUAGCAUGGACGCCAAUGAGCUCAUCAUCUACAACCAUAUUAAGGAUGCGAAGAACGAGGGCAUUUGGACCAAGCUCAUCAAGGCACGCACAAACCUGCACCAGACGGUAAUGACACGGUGCCUCCGCCUCCUUGAACAGAAGCAGCUUGUCAAAGUCGUCAAGUCGGUCAAGUUCCCCACCCGCAAAAUUUACAUGCUCUACGACCUUACGCCGUCCAUCGAGCUAUCGGGUGGUCCAUGGUACACAGACAAUGAGCUCGAUACAGGAUUCAUUCACGAACUCUCCAUGGCAUGUUUGCGCUUCAUUCAAUCAAAGACGUGGCCAAAGGAUGGCCGAUCUUCAUCUUUGUACCCAGCAUCGCACACACAACAUUUGCCUACCGCACAAAGUGUGCAUCGAUACCUCAAAGCAGCGCGCCUGACAGACACAGAACUAGAGCCAGAGCAUGUCGUCGCACUUCUCGACCUGCUCAUUUACGACCAAGAGAUUGAAAAAAUACCCGUUCUGCCUGUGUAUACCAACGCAGCGCGAAUGCAAGAAUCAGAAGACGGGGAGCCAAUUCCACGCCGCUCAUCAAAGCGCAAUCAGCGCGCUAUGUCUAUAAGUGACUCGGAGGAUAGCCAGGCGGAGUCGCGAGCUAAUUCCAACACCAUCAAGCACAACGACUCGGAUUCCUCGGACUCGAGCGAGCAUGAACCUACCGCCCUCUCGAGGAAGAAACGGCAUCGAAGCACAGUCGCGCAUACGCACAGACGCGAUGACUUAUCGAGCGAAGAAGAUGAACUGCCUCAUCGUCGCCCACAGCGCCUGAAUCAAGAGGAAGAGGAGGACGAUACCUCGCUUACGCAUGUUCCCUAUGUCUACCGUGCUAUUAAGCGCAUGAUUAUGCCGCACAGUAGCAUGAUUGCUACGACAUUUGUGCCACCAGAUGCUACGAUCCCUGACUCGUGUGGGCUGUAUGACUCCUUGGUAGUCGAAGACAAUGUGGUCUACGCCGAUCCUUUCACGUCGUACAAAGAUAAAGCAGAGACUAUGAAAGUGGAAGUAAGUGAGGAUACACAGGAAUAA